AUGGUGGCGCCGGGAGGCCAGUGGCCCCUUCUUUCAGGGGGUCGUGAAAAUUCUGCAUCGAACAUCAACGAGCGCAUAUUAGACGCAAACUACGACGUACGCCAGUUGCUGGAUCAUAUCAGCAGUAAUAACUCGCUGAAAAUCCCCAGACCAGUGUUGGACUUCCUGAAAUCAAUCAGGGAACUUACCGCCGACAUCAUCAAGAACCCGAUCGGCCAGGACUGGAAGCAGCAAUUUGAACAGCUGCGCCAGGAGACCAGCCAGAUAAAACAAGACAUCCAUGCGAUGAGGAUCGCGACGACAACAGCCAACGGACCGAGUACCAGGAUCCGAUCGUACGUAGACGCAGUCAAGAAUGCACCACCGCCGACGCACUUCCUCUCGAGUCAUGGCAGUGCGUCGACCAACCCCGCAGCCCCCACCGAACUCAUCCACGACCGAAAGAUCAUCGUCAAACUGGGUGACUCCGAUGGCGUAAAGCGCUUCCGGACACAAACUCCUGCCGAGAUCACCAAGCUGGCUGAAAGCCCGGGUGAAGGGAGCGAAGGAGGUAACCGGACUGACGAUGGCUUCGGCAAAGAGGCGGAGAUCAUGAGAUGCCACCGUCAGGUCUGGGUGAAGCAUCUGUGGAAGGGAUCGGAGGUGCGGCUGCCGAGCUGGGGGGUUGUUGUGCACGACGUUAACGUGCGAUCUCUGGGAAUUGACACAGCGGCGGAAAUUAAGGACCGGAAACAGGGAAUUAUGAAACAGCUGCUGACGGAGAACCUGUUCAACUGGAGAGACGACGCUGAGAUCGUGCAGAUCUCCUGGCUAGUCCUUCCCGAGGGCAAGAAAUCCGGAUCCCUGAUCGUCGAGUUUACCUUACCACACACAGCCAACAAAGCCAUCGACACUGGGACACUGUGGGACUCGGAGGUUCUUACCACGGUCUUAUACGAUCGUGCUGCACGUAUACGCCAAUGUCACAACUGUCAACGCUACGGACACAUAGGAAAUGUAACGGGCCAGGGCCACGUUGAGGCUCGGGCUUUGCCCGUGCAGACACCGCACCCGAUACUGCCGAACGGGUAG